AUGAACAUCAUCAGUCUACUCGCUAUCAUCGCUGCAAACACCAUCCUGCUGAUAAAGACCGUCCUGGUGUCUAAUUUCUUCUUCGAAACAGUCACCCAUGUUGCCAUUGCGUCCAUCAGCUCAUUCCUUAUCGUUUCCGAACUCAGCAUUUUCCGCUCAUAUUUUAACCGUAACUGGCCUCUACUGGGCGAGGACUCAGGGUUCGUCACCCUUGGAACAGCCAUGGUGUUACUUGGUAUAUCGACUCUCGGAGAUUUGAACAACGAGGCAACCCGUCAGGGAGCAAUAGGCCUUCCAUUCUGGAGACUUAUAUUGGGGGCAGGUAUCAUCUCCAUUGUCAUUGGAGCUGCUAAUAUUGGACUGAGUUAUGUGUUCCGCGAUUCAGAUCUCGGAGUCUCCGCACGCCAUGUUCGUGCUCGAGGGGCCGUGGCUACUCAAGAAGCGGUCACACGUAAGGACAGCUACAGGUCCUUCCAGCUCUCUCGCAAGGGAUCUUUGCCUACCUAUACCUCUUCAACCUCCAGCCCCCGGUCGGUGUCAGUACGCCAACCCUCUCGGUUCCCAGUCCGCAUCUCUUCCCCAAUCGUGAACAACCCCGAGGCGUCCACAGGGUCACCCAUCACACCCAAGUCCCCAAUGCCUUCAGAGAUUGCCGCUCCCAAUCUCGCCCACCAUCCUGCAAUCAUCAAGGCGUUAUCCAUAUUCUUUGCGCCUAUCCUGAUACCCAAAGCCAUCGCGCUCUUCCGAUCAGUCCACUCGCACAUUGCGAACCGGCCGCCUCUCCAAGCUCUUCCUCCGUUGGCCUCCCGCGCUUUAAACAUACUCUUCUUCUCAACCGCUCUCUUUCUCGCCCUCAGCCUCCCAUCCGGCAGCAACAUACUAUCCAAUAACAGUUUCGGGACAAACGAUAUCUUCAAACUCACCGGCUCACGCUUUAACACACCGACAGAGCUGCUCUUCUCGCGUCUAAGACGACUAGGUGGACGAUACGAAGUUGAAAGCGAACAUGAUUUAACGCUCAAGAAACUUUUUAGCUCUCCUACUGCAAGAGCAUUAUAUCUACAGCUCGGUUCUGAGCCACUGAUUGCUUGUCCUUUCUGUUCGCUGGACAGCUCAAUCACUUAUCUUUUUUACUAUUUGCCCUUCAACACACUUGUGCCUCAUUUAUUCCACUUCUUUGUCAUCGGUAUCGUGACGUCUAGCUCUAUCGUGGGACCAAAGGUAGCUAGGUGGAGGAAUAAGUUUCUCAUCGGCUCUGUGGCACUUUUGAUGAUUGAACUCUGUGUUAUUCUACGAGCGACUUCUCCUCUCUUCUCCAUUUCGACGAAUACACCCAGUGGCCAGCGCAAUAAGUGGACGCAAAUAUAUAACCAUUACCCGGAUGCGCCAGCGAGUCUGCACGUUCGACUCGUCACGCUACGGCCUUUAGCAUUUACUGUAUUUGACGUCAUUUGCGCUGCUCUCAUUUACCUAUCAGCUACGAAUAGGCUGUUUUAUACUGCAACUACACCUGCUGAGCAAGCACAACAGCUUGUAUCGAUAUCUGCGACGGCGAUGUUGAAUUCUGUCUCGAGACUACAGGCAGUCAGUGUGGUGAGAAAUACGAUUGCACGAGAUCUGGAAUUGAGUGCGGUGUAUGAUGCGUAUUUCCAGAAGAAGAGGAAUGAUGAGUGGGUAUGGCAGGAGGAAGAGGUUGUUGAGGCUGUUGCGAAGGUGAUGAAUGACAAAGCCUUGCAGACAGGUAGCCGUAAGAGCGAAAAUGGGUCUGUAACAAUAGAUGCAGACGAGUACGUGGAAAAGAUAACGGCUGGAUUGGAAGGUCAACAAUCGGUGUUUGCAUGA